UUUGUUGUUGUUGUUGGACCGGUAGCCGCAAGCGAGAGACAUAAGAGUGCGAUAACUAUCUAAGUCGUGGCAAAGAAGGUGCGAUGAAACCCAGAAUAGGCCGCCACUGGAUUGUGACUAACCGUCUGCCAGUAGCAACGAGGCCAAAUAACAAUUCCCUGCAAAAAUAAAUGACCGGCUUGAGCACAUCAACAUCGCCCGUGAGCCGCGAUCUCACGACUACUGCAACGGAAAACUGCGAAGUGCGGUUGCUGGUCUUUUCUCCGACGACUUCACUUGCAAACUUUGUCUUCGUCGCAGUUCUGGUUUUUUUGCUACUCUCCUUUGUCGCGACCCUGCAGAAUGGACGGAUUUGGGCGUUCCUGCGGUAUCCGGAAGGUAUGAAAAAAUGUUGUGAGAGUUGAGGAAAUAUCGUAUGUGGUUCAACUUCAUGCGGCUGGUGCGCUGACUGAAAGAAUAGCUACAAUUCGUGUGCUAUUAUCUUGCGAUUAGUUGUUCUUCCGGCGAAGAAGAUGUUUGUGUGCCAUGCUAUUUGAAAACCCAGCAGGUAUCUCCCCGACACAGGAUUCUCUCCUCAAAGCCAUUCUCUUACCAAGCGGCAGCGUUUCCUCCACAUCCAGACCCGGCAUUCUCGCAAGCGGCCGCGGCCGACUGUCCAGUAGCCACAAGCGGAAGGGCGAGUGGUCGCUGCACAUGCGGGAAGAGAAGCUCGCGCUGCUCCGGACGCUUUUCGACUACCCGCUGCUCGGCUGCUUGCCGCUGUCUUUGUUGCUGAACCUGCGGGACCAGCGGCAUGCCAUCGACGUGGUCUCGAGCAGUUCCACUUCGAGUGCGACUACGCUGCUCGUUCCGCGCGACCACAGUACAACCGGGUUUCUGGGAAGCAUCGAAAGACUCCUGCAGUGGCUGCACAACCCGUUUGAGGUCGGCAGUUUGUCAGCGGGUACAUCUCCACAUGCAUUCUGGUACCCAGCGUCUGCAACGGUUACGGGCAAAACUACAGAAGCCGGGUGUAGCGUUUCUUUUGUCGCAGCGAGCAGUGCUGGAACAUCUGCGCCUGCCUCAUCGGGAGCACAUGCUGCACAUCUAUCAGUAAGUAGCAAGAACGAGGACGAUUCCCAACUGUCUCUUCUGGCCGUCGCAUACCUGCUUCCAUUGGUUGUCCUGUCAGGUCUGCUCUUUCUCUCACUCCUCUGCGGCUGGUACCGGUACCGGUGUGGCUUCAGAAGGAAAGAAGGCGCUUCGCAUGUGGAGGUUUACCGCGGGAUGAAUUUUUGGCAAGUCGUGCUGGAAAGUUGCCGGCAGAUUUUCCCCACCGCUGUAAACUUACUGUACCUCACGCAGGGGAUUUCGCUCGUUUGCCUCCUCCUCGAAGCGGUCAACAUCCACACGCUGAACGGAGGAGCAGCCUCCGCCGCUUCUAUUGGAAAAUCGGCAGCGCUCUCUCUGAUCUAUCUCGGGGUUUUCCUUUUCGGGUUCUGGAUUCCGUUCUGCCUGCGCCAGUUCGUCGCCCAUUGCUGCCUGAAGAGCUCAGUUGGUUUGUCCACGAGUAACGGAGAGCAGUUUGCAAACCAGUUGUGGGGGUUCUUGACCUCGGGCGCCCUCUGGGAACCGCUUUAUGCGGUUGAGAAGAAGAUGAUCGUGAAGGGUGUGCUAGUUCUGCUCGUCGCGGGGUAUUAUGUCUGCGUCACUGAGUUUUCCGGCGCUGAUUUCUCUUCUACCUCACCGAAGAACCUCGACACAACACUUCCGUCGUUGCACUUGCUUCUCUUCCUCCUCGCGGUUACUCUCUUGUUUCUGCACCACAAGGACGACGCGUUCGCUGCAUUUCCAAUCGCGGGGUUCGCGGAAAGUUUUCAGCUGCAUUUGAUGCUUGCCACGAGCCUGAUCGGCGUGUGGUACGAAGGAAGAAUCAAAAACAAUUCUUCUACGACCACCUCCCCGUCAAAUCAAUCCGACGCAGAUUAUUUUCUCCCAAUCGACAUCCUCCUCGUUUUGCACACUAUUUUCGUCCUCACCACAAUUUGGAAAUUAGUCGGGACCUUCAUCCUGCAGGCCUGCGGUCUAGACUUCUUACUUCCUAUUUCGGAGGAACCCAUUUCCGCAGUUUUCACCGGUCUGAAAAACGUGCUGCGGUUUGUCUUGUCCACCUUGUUCUCUGCGUGUCUGCGAGAUCGGGACCUGGCUGCUGGUGCAGCCUUUUCAUCCUCCUCUUCAUCUGAGGACGAGGGUGACUUCGGCAAUUUUGACGAAGAAAACGAUAUUAACGACGCCUUGUCCGCGGAUGAUUCUUCCUCCUCAUCCGACACAAGCAAAAGCCAGCGAUCAAAAACCAGCAACACCACCUCCGAUAGAGACCACGGGGAAGGAGCAGCAGAUCCAGAAAAAGAUGAAACGAAAAAGCAGAAGCGCGAAGUUGCGCGCCGGAGACACCUGGCGCUCAAGGCGAAAAUGAAGAGGCGGAAUAAAGCUCGUGACGCGGGAGAUCUGACUGCUGAUGAUUUGAAGUUGCUGCACGGGACGGGUGUUUUUUCGCUUCUCUUUGGCGAUUUUGUCGAGCGUUGCAGGGAAUUCCUCUUCGUCCACGAGAGCACCUACGGACGAGGACAUCAAAGUCAACAACAUCUUCACAGACGGAGAUUUGUUUCCUCUCAUCAUCUCAUCUAUUAUUACCCGAACGUGGACCAGGACAGGACGGGAGACUACAGCGUCCAAUCCGAUGUCUUAGACGUCACGCGAUUGAACCGCACGGGGAAGGAAGUGGUGUUUUUGGCAAUCAGGAGGGUCUGCGAGUACUUUUCGCAUUUGGGAAUGAGCUCCGGCAUGACCACAGGUCGUGGCUCGUCUCGUGCUGCGUCCUCGUCGAGUUCAUCCUCUGAACACCAGUUCGCCACUAACCUCCCGGAAAUCUACCGCGCCGUCCUCCUCCGCUGCUUCGUCGAGUACGCCAGUGCGCAGAUGCGCAACCUCUCGCACCGCGUGGGGAGAAGCAACGCGAAGUCGACGCGGGACGACACGGGCGCGUAUCGAAAGUGGAAAACGAAGUUUCGGGAAACGCCGGAUAAGAGCAGAACUGCGAAACUGAGUCUCAUCGGGCUCUGGCGAACGCAUUUCGACGGCAGUUUUGACAGCGACGAGAACACCAGUUUCUAUCUGUCGGGCGGUUCUGGAGGAACAUCUUCAACAGCAGAACAUCAUCAAGACCCCAGCACUACUAGGGAAUCCUAUCCUGUGCAAAGGCAUCGCACUCGUAUAAAUGCAGGUCUUGCAUGGCAGAUCUGCUUUUUUAGCUUGUUCUGCACGACAAAUUUGAUUUUUCCUUUACGAAAAAUUUGUCAUGCGCUUUGUACUAGUGCGAUGCUUUUGCAAUGCAUAAGUCCGUCCUGACGGCGAUUCUCCGGUCCGCCACGAGAAAGAUGAGAGCGACGAAGGACGUGUGGAAUCGAAGAAACAACAAGAAUUCCAGCAGUGCAGCCGCAACAUCUUCGCAACCCACUUCCGCGAAACUGCAGCCGAUUCGCCGGAUUUUAGACGACGACGAUGACUUGGCGAUCGCGGAGGCGGAGAACCACGUUUCCGCCGGGCACUUGCUCCCGCACGACGAAUAUGUAUUGCAAAUAUGUCUGGGUCUAGAAGGUGGUAACUUGUGAUGCGGUGUUUGGAUUCCAAAAAAGUCUGUAUUGGAUGACUAGCAAGAGGAGUCCACUUUGCGCUACGCGGGGAGGACAUUUCAAUUUCUCAUGCGAAAUAAGCAUCAGGAAGCCCUGAGGAAAUCUGUGAUGCUGGGGCAUGCAUUACAGGCGUCAUGCGUCAUGUGAAAUAUGCAUGACAAACGUGGCAAUCUUCCAGGCCCAGACGUAUUUGCAUUUGAUAACGAAGUGAAAAUGUACCGGCGCCUCCCCGGAAUCCCGGUCGAACAGUUUGAGAAAAACGUGUUCAGUCUCUUAGUGGACCGGAAGAAAAAACGGAGACUAUUGGCGCAAAUUCGGAUCGAAUUCGGGAAAAAGAGUAGCGGGGGUGGUGGCCGUGGACUGUCGGCGGGGAUGAUGUUGAACACGAAUCUUGUGCAGUUCGAUGACAAUGUCGACAAUGAUGAAACGGACUUCGACGGCACGGAGGCGUCUUUGAAGAAAGCAGCUGGCGCGGCGGGGGCAACAUCUAGGAACAAGAAAAAGGUGGAAAUCGACGAUCCCAGGGGCAUCAAGCAAAAACACAGUCCGAAGUCCGCCCACUCCUCGGAAGUGGAGUUAGAGUCUGUGUUUCUUUCCAAGAAAAGCUCCACAGACGAGUCAAAGGAUAGCUCAUCGGGUCCUGCUCGCGGGGACUUAACCUCCAGUCGGGAUACGAGCAAAAUAAGCGAACGAGUCGCUCCUGGUACCAGUGUUCUUCAUCCAGCAGACGUGAUGAAAAUGGACGGUGCAGUCCUGUCUUCGUCGGAGAAAGAAGUGGAUUUUGACGACAAUAUUUCCUACUACUCGUCCGACGCGGUUCCGCCGAGUACUGUGGUUUCUACCACGAAGGAGAGGGAGAAGGCUCUAGCGAAAAUCCAGCCGGUGCGGGUUUCCGGAAAGGUUUUUGGCGACAUUCCGGGAACGACGAGGACUACAACACCGGCGAAAAAUGACCCUGUUUCUACUUCUGCGACCACAUUCGACGUCUCCCGCUUACCCACCGUGCCGAUGAAGGUGCCGAGUGCUUUCGCAAACAAGAACAACGGCUUUGCGGCCGAAAAAGAAAAUAAAGUUUCAAAAACAAAUGGAAAUGACCCGGAGCGUGGCCGCUCGGACUCAGAACUAGCAGAGGAAGAGUUUUGAGAAAGUAAACAAGUAGCGUUGUACGAAUUUAUAUAUUAUGCAAAAAUCUCGUCUAUUUGAAUGACCACACUGCACCUGCACGGCAGAACAAAUUGUUUCAGUUUCAUCAGACUGUCUUGUCUACGAAUGAACGUCGCAUAUGGUUGUAUGAGCAAGUAAGAAUUAACAAGCGAGGCAAAAUCAAAGGCGCGACUCGCACAGUAUGCUUCUGGCUUGCUGAUGCACUGGCCUGGCAAGUGACAGAUCCCAAAAAUGUCGCCCGCACGUAUCUCGUUGAACGACGUGAGAGAGGAGAACGAAUACGAAGCGAGAUAGGAGUACUAGUAGAGCACCAGUAGCACUAGCACUGUUAGUCGC